GCGGGCGGACCGCGGCGGGGGGAGGCCUUUGGGCGCUGCACGGCGGCCGGGCCCUUCCCGCCUUCACCCCGCGCCUCGGCGGUCGCCUCAGGCUCGGCCCCGGCGGCUGAGGGGCGGCGGGCAGGCCCCGGGCGCAGUCGCUGGUGCCGUCGCCGGCCCGGGCGGAGCUGGAGCCCGGCAGCCCACACGCUGUUCCGUGACCGGAGGUGGGCGGCGGCGGAGGCGCCCGGUUUCCUCCCCGUGGCGGUGCGGAGACUGCCCUGCGUGCGGCGGGCAGACUUCUAAGCCUAACUUCUCAACUGCUUAGCAGGAGGCAUGCAGAGUAAAACUACAGCAAAGAUAAGGAAUGCUGCAGGGCCUGUGUCCCACCCGGUGCGCUGCUGAUUUGUGGUAUAAAUUGAGCUGUUAGACAACACACCUCAAGCAUAAAGCUAGACAAGGGAUUUAGGACCCGCUGGUUUGAUCCCCCACAUAACGGGAGAAAACUUUAGAAAACUCAGUUUUGGCAUCAGUUUUGCAGCAGAGGAGAUGUAGCAUAUUCUCAAGGUCCUGCACUCCCGUGAGACUCCUCUUGUGAAGAAGCAACAAGUGAUGAACCAUGUGUUCAGGGAUUGUCGUCUCAAGAUGGCUGAGGAUCAGAAGAGCAUAGAGAAAGCAGACAUGAAACCUGGCGAUGUGGAAGUACAGCAAAGCAAUGGGCAGGCUUCAGACGGUGCACUACAUGGGAAACAAUCUGGCCAAAUCUCUGAGGCAAAGCCAGAGUGGUUUGUGUCAUCUGACAACAGCUUCCGAUUUGAUUUUACGCUUUCUGAGAUCAACCCAGAAGUAGCUGGCACACCUUUGGAAGCAGUCCCUGGUGUCAGUGGUGCUGAGCAGACAGAAACCAAUGUAAAACCCGCUGAGCAGGAGAACUGGAAUGGAGCCCUGAGUUUUGCUGCCUCUGGACAAGAACCCAAGUUUGCUUUUAACUUUACCAUCCCAGAUGAAGACUGUCCUCUGGUUCCAUUAGUUCCAACAAGCCAGCAUACAGAGGGUACAGCAGAUGGUGAAGUGCUGAGUAAUUCACUGCCUACUGAAUCAGCAGGUAUGCUCCGUGUUUCAGCCUCACAGAAGCCAGAGUUGAUUCAAACUACAGGUAGUACACCCAAAGAGGAUAGAAGCCAUGUCACGUUAAAGAUCCCCCAACCAGAGGCUGCUCCUGGAGAUGAGACAGUGACAGAGAAAUCCACAGCAGGUGGAGCUGCCCAGAAGAAGAAAAAGAAGAAGAAACAAAAAACAUCUGUCAGUAAAAAGGAGAUAGAAGAAACUGAGAUCAACAGGAAGGCAAAGGCAGAAGCUAACAGAUGUCAAAAUAAAAAUACUUCCCACCAGGAUGAGACCUCUCAGCAGUCAGAUGACCAGCUGUGGAAAGAGGUGGACUGGUGUGUGGAACAGCUGGAACUUGGCCUGAAGACACAGAAAUCCACUCCAAAGCAGGUCGAGGAGGCUCUCCGUGCGAUCAAGACACUGCGCAAUGGCAAGGCUCCACUGGUGAAGAAACGUCAGCUCAUGAGAGCCAUGUUUGGAGACUACAGGAAGAAGAUGGAGGAGGAGCGGUGCAAAGAGCUGAAGCUCAUGGAAACAGCUGUGAAAUCUGCCAGGGUCGUGGAAGUGAAGGGAGACAUCCGCAACAAGAACUGCCAGUUCAUCCAGAAGCGCUCAGGAGCUUGCAGGAAAAGCCGAGAUUCAGCAGGGUCCCCUUUGGAGUCACCCAGGACACUUAACACAGGCUCAUUCAAAUUCGCAACUUCCCAAGAAGAGUUUCGCUUUAACUUCUUGUAGAAAGGUUUUAUAGACUAAAGCUGUGGCUAAAAACUGUGCCAAAUCUCCUAUAAACUUAAGAAUGGUGGAAAGAUGCUGUGCAGUAGAAAACGUUAUGCAAGAAUCUCUGUAUUUCCUAAAGAAAGGAUCCUCUUUCGGAGUGCUGUAUCUAGAGGUUUAAAACAGAUCCACCUACUAUGCAUGCGACCCCAAGCCUCAAUCUCCACAGUACUCCUUUGUCCUCGCACUGUAGAAAGGCACCUCUGCAAAAGAUCAGCACAGAGUCUCUAAGGAUCUGUUUUUCUUCCUGUAGAAUUUACAUUCACCUAAGAAUCUGUCUUCUAUACCAGGAGAUUUUCCCAUUCUCCUAUUGCUCUAAAAUAGAGCAGACCUUUUAUAGCAGAUGAGGCAGCGAUGGGAAUGGUUUGUAAUGAAGAUCCAGCUUCUUUGAAGAUCCAGCAGUGUAAGCGUACUGGAUAGUUGAAUGCUCCCACUCUUUGUGAGUGUGUGAAUCCAGAAAGCACUGGGCAGUGUGUAUAAUCACUGCCAUCUAGAGGGUACACGUUCAGGAUCUUGGAGGAAAAUAAGUGGGAAUCAUCCUUGCUCGUUCAUCUCUCUGUCAAGUAUAGACUUAGGAGAGAACGGCAAACGCUGAUUUAUUCUAGCCUAGGGAAGUGAGGACAGUUGUUUCCAGAUAGGGUCAGAUAUUUUUUGCUGAAGCCAGGUUCUGGCCUGUUAGGAAGGAAGCACAAUCAGUUGAAAAAAGUAGUUUACUUUAUAAGUAGCCCAGUUACAACCACCAGUGACUCAGAGGAUAAAUCAACUACAUGCCAAACCUUGGGUGGUGGCAGAAUGAACUGCCAGAACCCAAAGACUCUCUUGCAUUUGAUUUCUACUAAAUUUUUGCUUUCUGAGCAGUUGAAUGUAUGUCUCCAGUGUUUCGGUACUGCUUCAGCUGCUGAACCCAUCUCCUGUGUUCGUGCAGAAAAUCUUCCCCACUCAGCCUAAAAAAGCUGAAGGAACAGAAGUCCUUUAAAAGGAAACAUGGUAUCAGGUGUCCCUAGGGUGCAGUGCUUCCCUUCCUUUUUAUAGUCAGGUCAGUCAUCCUCUGUGAGGAGUGAGAAAUGGAGUGUGGGCAGAUUCCAGGGUGCACUGAGAGAUGGUGGAAAACGUUUCCUGGGAAAGGCUUCAAAAACCUGAUGUUGGCUAUAAAAAAAAAGUAUUUUAUUUCUAACCUCUGAUGCAGUCAGUUGCAUCUGCGAGGAUAUUUUUUUGUUUUAAAUAUUUUUAAAGAAUGCCUGUCUAGGCAUAAGGAGAAACUGAACCUGGGUAACAUAUCUGAUGAGGAGAAAUAUGCAGAGAAGACUUUUAAGUCUGGAAAUCAGUGGGUUAAAACUGGAAAUCAAUAGGUUAGCAGCUUAUUAUUUUACUUGCUGAGGAGCACUGCUGUUACUUUGACUGUAUGGAACAACACUAUACAGUAUUUUUUGGAUUUCCAGGGUUUUAUAUUAAACAUACAAUAGUUGUGUUGUUGUCAAACUUCUAGUGUUUUCGUGCCAUUUACUAAGAUUAAAGAGCAUCUUGUACAUGA